CACGGGGCGCGCGCGAAUCAAAGCCGUCUCACUUCCCCAGGCUUCUUCCAACUCCAUCGACAAUUAUCUCAUCACAUACAUACUGUAUUGUCCCGGGAAACCCUAGGGCUUCUCAGCCCUGCCAAUGUCCGACCCGCUAUCGCCCUUUUGCGAUAUAUCCUGAAGCCUGUCGUCGGACAUCUUCACGGUGCGGCGCAUCCCGGUGUCCUUCGCGAUGCCGUCGGUUCUGCGCCGUGCCUCUGAGGGGGCAGCGCAAUCCGCGCCGAUGGGAAUCGUCGUCACCCCCUCGAAUUUGAACCCGAUCCUACAGAUGACGACUUGGUUACUUCUCGCGUUGACUUCACUUAUGCUAUGUUUUCGCUUCUUAACCAAGUUUUUCUUGAAAACGAAUCAGCGGUUCGGAUGGGAGGAAAUAAUGAUCAGUGCCGCAUUUCUCGCUGGCCUAGGUGAAUCCGUCACGUUUCUCGUUCCCGAAGGUGAAAUACUGGGCAAGGAACGACAUGACAUCUCCGACGAUGAACUGACAGCGGGGCUCAAAGCUCAAUACGCCGGAGAAUUACUUUAUAUCCUUGCUCUUGGACUUGCGAAACUGUCGGUCUGCACGGGAUUAGCUACAUUAUCGCCAGAUACGAGUCAUCGCCGCCUCACUUCCAUAUUUGUCAUCGCGGUCGUAAUUUGGUCGCUGGUAGCUUUCAUCGGAACAGCUUUUCAAUGUGGAGGUCACGGACCAUGGGAACAGGGGGAUAUUAAGUGCCUGGAUAAGCACGCAUUUCUGGAAUACGUGGGAAUCACGAAUAUUUUAACGGACGCUGCAUUAAUUGCUCUUCCGACAACUGUUAUAUAUCCUCUCAAGAUGUCUGUCAGGACGAGAAUCACCGUCCUGUCGUUCUUCUCCGUGCGAAUAUUGGCCAUUGCAGCAAUGAUUUCCCAGCUCAUCUAUCUCCCCCGCCUCUUCGAAGACGACUUUACACUGCGAGGAUUUCCGUAUUGGUUGAGCAUGCAGUUUGUGCAGUUCGCAAGCAUAUCGGCAGCCUGCGCUGCGUACUUUUGGCCCUUCCUCCGAUCCCUGCGAAGCGGUCUUAUCUCAGCCGACAACAAAGCCUUCACGUCCGAAUACGCGCUAUCUAAGCUUCGUGGAUCAGCUCGGAACGGUGCGAAUGUAGAUAUGGUGUCGGGUACCUCCUCCAAGAGCAGAGAUCGAAGCAAUUAUAUCAAGAUUACUACCGAUAACACGGUGACUACGAGUGAACGAGGCCAGGAACAAGGGAAUAAUCAACCUAUUGGAAGCGAGGGUUAUAUGAAGGAUUGGUGACGGCGGCAGGAAGCAGCAGUGUAGCAUUCACCUCGAGCUAAUCUACCUGAGCUUUCUGCGACUUUGAACCAUCGGCCCCUACGAUUAAUCUCAGCGAUACCAAGGGCAUUAGAAAUAUCAACAGCGGCAGAUAUACAUGACG